GAAACUCGGACUCCGUGCGGAGUCCUCCGCCGGCCGCAGCUCCUCGGCGACCCAAGCCGGGCAUCCUGCGACUGGACAUCGGCAAACCGCGACGCUCAUCAGGUGGUUCCGUCGAUUUCCGCUGCGUGGGCAGCAGCAGCACCAGCAACAACAAUUACAGCAACAGCAACAGCAAUGUGGCAACUGGCGCCAACAGUGAGAACAACUCGGGAGUCACCUCGCCACAUCAGCUUUCUGUGACCUGGGCACCGCCAUGCGAAUUGAGUAGAGGCGACUGGCAAAUGCAGAGCAGCGCCGAUGCCAAGAGGGAAUUCUACAAAGGACAACGGGGCAGAAGAGCUGCAUCGCAGGAGGACCACAGGUCUUACGAACUGAACGACUUUCCAGUGCAAAACCAGAGCAGCGACGCGGAGAGCAGCCACCAGGAGGCGAACUUCGUGCAGGCUCCGCCGGGAAUUGGAAUCCACGAUGGCGACGGCGGCGGCGAGGUCGACGAUGAGGAGGACUACUCAAUUUCCGUAUCGGCGAUAAUGCAGAGACGUGCCAGUGUGCGCGGCUAUCGGGGCAAACGUGGCAGCCGGAGUUCGCGACGGGCAUCCAGUCCCAUGGAUCACGUCCUGGACAGCGUGGAGCGGCGGCGCUCCAGUGUCUAUACGACAAGUUCAGAGGAGGGCACCAAUCAGGAGUCCACGCAAGAGCAAAUCUUUGAGAACAUCCGCCUGCACAAGGAGGUCAUACAGUCGGUGAAAUUACAGCCAUGGCCCAUCCGCAAGAAGCUCAAGUUGGUGCGGCAGGCCAAAACAUAUGUGGCACGCCACGAGGGCGCGCUUCAGGAGCGCUUCGCCAUGUCACGAAGCACGCGCGACUUGUGGGCGAGGUUUAAAAUUUUAAUGGCCGCACGAUGGCGACACUGGAAGAGGGAAACGGCCAGCUUCCUUACGGUCCUGAUUCCCUGGGAGCUGCGCAUCAAGGAGAUCGAAUCGCAUUUCGGCUCUGGAGUCGCCUCCUACUUUACAUUCCUGCGCUGGCUCAUGUGGGUCAACAUCAUGAUUGCCAUUCCGCUGGUCGCCUUUGUCAUCGGUCCCGAGUACUUUGCCACCAAGCACGGCGAAACGGAUCCGCGGAAGAGAAUGUCCGACCCGGAGGCUCGGGUGGCCGGCAAUCUCUUCACUUUCUGGGAGUUCGAGGGAUACCUCAAAUAUUCACCGAUGUUUUACGGCUACUAUUCAAGCACAUCCGGCAUUAGCACGUCCGGAUAUAAGCUGCCCUUAGCCUAUUUCCUCACAGCCGUUCUCGUCUAUAUCUACAGCUUUGUGGCCACGUUGAGAAAAAUGGCGGAGAACUCGCGCAACUCGAAACUUUCCUCGAAGGACGACGAGUGCGUCUUCUCGUGGAAGCUCUUUACGGGUUGGGACUUUAUGAUUGGGCACGCGGAAACGGCCCACAAUCGCAUCGCAUCCGUGGUAGUUGGCUUCAAGGAAGCCCUCCUCGAGGAGGCCGAAAAGAAGAAGGAUAAUCGCAACUGGCGGGUGAUACUCCAGAGGAUACUGGUCAAUAUCCUGGUGAUGGGACUGCUGGGUUUGUCGGGCGCCACCGUCGUCCUGCUGGUCAAUCACUCUGAGGACUUGGCCAAGCACGACAACUGGCUGAGUCGCAAUGCGGUGAACGUGACCAUGACCCUGUUAUCCUUCUUCCUGCCGAUGAUAUUCGAGGCCCUGGGUUUGUUCGAGAACUGGCAUCCCAGGCAGCAGCUGCGACUGCAAUUGGCCCGCAUUAUGAUACUGAACAUGCUGAAUUUGUACUCGCUGAUGUUCUCGUUCAUCUACAAGAUCAACAGCAAAGAGAAACCGCUGCAGAUGUUGAAACUGGAAAACGAAACGAAUACCAUGGAGCUGAGGAAUCUACUGAGUUCCAUUGAGGCUCUGAAAGCCAUGACCCCGACUACUUCGCUGUAUAGUGACAGUACAUCGGAGGGUUUAUUCGAUGAGUCCACUUCGAGUGCGAAUUGGGGCGAGGAUGGUGGCAACUCCACCGAUGGCCUCUUUUCGACCACAGCUGCUGCCGCUUUGGUUUCGACGGCCCUUCAGCGACUCAAGUGCUACAACAUAACUGUGAAAUGCUCAAAACAACGCCACACCUUCAUCAGUGCUAAGAACUUGGCCACCACCCUAAUGAUUCUCAACCUGACAACGCCAGCGAUGGUGCCACCCACUUUGCCAACCACUCUGCCCACCACAACGCCCACGACAUCGAGUUCGACUUUGAGCACUUGGACAACCACAGAGGCAACAACAACAACGGAGGCAACAACAACAACGCCGACAACAACAUCACCUUGGACCACUUUACCGCCGGCGACAACAACCACUGAGACAACAACAACGACUGAGAGAGCCACUUCAACCACAGAAGCUCUAACAACCACUCCAUUAUUGACAACCACUGCCACGAUUAACAAUGCAAUUCCAAUAUCCUUGGCCAAUGCCUCAUCACCAGGAUCAACAACUAAUAGUGCAAUACCAAACUCAACCACUAAUGUUGCAACCUCGAGCACUUCAGCAACCACUUUAAAUGCAACUACCCAGCAAGCCACCAGCACCACGAAAUUAACUACAACUUCAACAACCACCGAAAAACCCCAACCAGAGGAUGGUUUUUUCUACACCACUGGCGAUGAUGAAGGUUCCUACGAUUAUGGCAGCGAUGAACCAGGAGUUUCCUUCUCCGAUUUAACAUCAGAUGCUCCGGAGGAUGCCAACUACUCAGAUAUCACAGAAUACUCUUCGGAACCCUCGGAGAUUGAAGAUUUCGAUGAGCAGCAGAGCACUGAUCAGGCAAACGAUCCUCUAGCUAAAGUUUUGGAACAACUUGAUGAAGAGAAGCCUGAAAAGCGUAGUAAAAGAUCAGUUGAUUAUAUAGACAUUUUAGAUGGAAUUCCCAGCAAAGGAAAGUGGAAAGAGGAUAUAGUAUUCGAGCCAAUAAAUGAGGAAGAAUCAAGGAAUCCUAACAAAAGAGCAGUGGGUGAUCCAUUUGUUUGGCGCAGCAAGUACAGUAGGCGACAUCGCAAUGAAACGGCUGUGACUUCUGGCCAGGAAACCACUGAUGCCACGGCAAAUUCCACGCCCAGUCGGUGGCCCAUUUAUUGGCCGCCCUACAGACAAACCACACCGAGCACCAGCACCACCAGGAGACCGCCAAGUGGGUUUCUUUCCAGGGAAGAGUGGGAGAAACUCAGAAGAUUGAGAGCCAGGCAAACCACUAGUACGAGUACCACUACUUCUACUACAACCACUAGGAAACCCAGAAGAAGAUACAGAACCUCAACCACCGAAUAUACAAGCACCACUGAAGAGGAAUCAUCUACGACAGAAAGUUCCACGGAAUCCACAAGUCCCGAGAGCACUACAGGUGACUACGACAGCAGUAGCAGCACCACCGAAAGCGAUGAGUACUCCACCACACCACACUACAUUGGAUACGUGGACAUUUCGGAAAUAGGAAGCACCAUCUACUACGAUGAGGAUAGCGAGUUCCUGGAGCUCUGUGUGUUUACUAUUUGCCCGAAGGGAGAUGAAAUAUUUGGCAGCACCACCGAGAGUCCAGAUAGCACCACCCAGAGCAGCGAUGCCAAGCAGCUAACCACCGUGAAACUCACUCCGCUGGAGCGAAAGCAAAAGCGAUUAAAGGAAGUGCAGCUGGCGAUUAAGCAAAUACAAACCAAUUUGACUACGAUGUGCUGGGAAACUUCGCUGGGCCAGGAGCUCUCCAAAGUUAUCGUUUUCGAUGGGCUAAUGUCCAUUGUGGCUCCGUUGUGCAUCGAUUUUCUGCGGGCACUGUUUGUGCGAUAUGUCAAUCAAAACUGGUGCUGGGACAUGGAGAAGACCUUUCCGCAGUACGGCGACUUCAAGAUAGCCGAGAACAUCCUGACGUUGAUUAAUAACCAGGGACAAGUGUGGAUGGGCAUAUUCUUCUCGCCGGGCCUGGUGCUCAUCAACCUGGUCAAAUUGAUGAUCAUGAUGUACUUCCGCUCGUGGAUUGUGCUCACCUGCAACGUGCCGCACGAGGUGGUCUUCAAGGCCUCCAAAUCGAACAAUUUCUAUCUGUCGCUCCUGCUGACCAUGCUGUUCCUCUGUGUCCUGCCGGUGGGCUACGCCAUUGUCUGGCUGCGUCCUUCCUGGCACUGCGGACCCUUCUCCGAGUACAACAGGAUAGCCGAAUUCAUCACGAACACAACGAGGAAUGCGCUGCCAAAACAACUCCACGAGCCACUGGAUUACCUGACCUCGUCGAGCACGGUGAUUCCCCUGCUGCUGCUGCUCAUCCUGAUAAUCUACUACCUGGUGUCGCUGACAGGAGCUCUGCGCGAGGCCAACCAGGACUUGCGCACCCAGCUGCAGAAGGAGCGGGAGGAGGAGCGCAAGAAGAUCUUCAAGGUGCCGGAGGUCAAGCAGGCGGAACCGACGGCCACCACCUUAACAAAUCGCUGGCGCAAAGUCCUGGAAGCCAGCUCCCCGGUUACACCCACCCAACCGCCGGAUUUCGACACGGAGGAGUAUAAAAAUCAGGCACGCAAAGAGCUAAUCUCACGCAUCAUGAAGAAGGCGCUGCGGAAGGGAUCCGCCACCUCGGACGAGGACUCCUUUGUGCGCCGGGAUGACGAUGACACGGACACCGAGCACCAGGACUCCCUGCCCCACGACGAGGAGGCCAAGGACAAGCGGUUCGGGCUGUCGCGAUUGCAACAGAUUCGGAGGACUCGCAAACCCUCACUGGUGGACAUCGUGCAGAUAGCCAAGCAGGAAAGGGCCCGAGCCGGAUCCAUUGUGGCGGGAACGAGUUCUGGUAAUUUCCCGGUGAAGGAACCCCAUCCGAAGAGCCGCUUCAAAGUGGAGAAACACGAGCGCCGGGACAGGGGCAGCAUGAAGGAAAAAAAGGACUCCAGAUACAGGGAUAGGCAGUCGCAGUCGCAGCCACAGCCGCCGCCCUACGAAUCGCCCAAGGACAAUGAACAUGAUCCGGAUACGAAUUCAAGGAUUGUCAGCGAGCGACGAGCCAGUUUGCUGCGGCGCCACAAGGAGGCGGAGGGGGAGGGUGUUGGAGAGGCGGAGGAUGGGGCAACACCCACCACACCCGAACCACCGCAGACACCAAACGAAAAGAGAGCCGAGGAAGUGGAGCCCUCGCCCGAGGAAUCCACACCCGAAACUCCCACGCUGGCCAAAAGCAAAUUCCACAUAGUUGACGAAAAAAAGCCGCCGCAGGAUGUCGACGAUAAACCCUUGCCAACAGCCAAGGAGGGUGGUAGUGGGGGAGGUGGUGGAAGCCUGGGAAAGUUCAAGUUUCGCAAGCAUAAAUUCAAGUCAAACAGCAAUGUGACGAAACCUGAGCCCGAAGUUUUCAAGUUCGACGAGCGAAGUGUGGAAAAGGGCAGCGAUGUGCCGGCAACUCCUGCCGCCGAGCUCUUAAAUAGCGAAUCACCUGGUGGCGAGGGGGAGGAGAGAAACCUGCCCUCACCCACUCCUAGCCAAGGUCAGGGUCAAGGUCACCACCAGCGGCAAUUGUCGGUCUUAUCCCGCCAGGGUCGCAAAAAGAUCGGUAAUCUUUUGGCUUUGGUUCGCGAGGCUGUCAAUCUCAAGAAGGACGAUGUGGAGCAGGUCUCGGAUGAGUCGCCGGGUCCGACCACGCCCACCUACCUGGCCUACACCCCACCGCCGCCGCCAUCAGUAUUGUCCAGCGUGUCCAGUUCCACGGCCCUGGAAAUGCCACCCACUCCGGAACCGGAAUCGCCCACCCCAAGUGCACCACUGCAUUUUGGCAGCAGCACUUCGUCGCGUCCACCCAUCAAGCCACCCAAACCACCCAAGCCACCGGUGGUGCCUGCCUCCUCGACGGCACCCACGGCCACCAUGGACGAUCUGGAGGAGCUGGACAUGCCGGGACCCAUCACGUUCCCCCAUCGCAGCGAUUCCCAUCGACGGCGCACGAUGCGACAGGAUUCGCAGAGUUCCAUUUGGUCGGACAACAUACCCACCAUUACGAUCAGCACCACCGGCAGCGAUGAGUGCAUUGUGGAUGCCAAUGCUCCACAAAAUGGGCUGCCCGAAUCGAGAAGCAACUCCCCGGGUCCCUCGGUCAACAUUAUAAAGAUUGACAUCGAGAAGGAGCAGGAAAAGUAAAGUGAAGUUAUAAGUGCCUGCUGCAAAAAGUGCCUUGAACGCCAGAUUGUCUUCUUAAUUAAAGAAAUUUGCAUUCUUCCUACGAAUUAGCUUGAAUCUUGUUCUAUAGCAUUUUGAAAAAUGUCUUUCUCUAUACAAAAUAAUGAUAUUUCAUUAAUUAGUUUACUUCCAUAAGAAACUAUAAUAAAACACUCUAUA